GAAAUAUUAUUGUACUCUGUGCGCGCAAACGAUCCAAUCAGACUGUUGCUGGCUUGCAAACACGAAUAGCGUCGCUUGUCAUGCCUUCUCCAGUGACAUGCAGCGUUAAAAACUAACUUCCUUAUAAACGGUAUAGGCCUACGCCCACCACCCUGUCAGUUGAGUUCCCUGAUCAUUUAACUCCGCGCCGGCAGACAGUUGAGACGAAGAACAUGGCAAACUACACAGAGCAAGGCAUUCGCCUCAGUUCGAUGUGUCCGACCUUCCUGAACAGCAAUUCGACCAGUCACACUUGGCCCUUUAGUGCAAUAGCAGAAUUAAUAGACAAUGCUGCAGAUCCUGGUGUCUUCGCUAAACAGAUCUGGAUUAACGUUCAUGAAGAGGCAGAUCACCUCUGCAUGACAUUUACUGAUAAUGGCUGUGGUAUGACACCCAACAAGCUGCAUAAGAUGCUCAGCUUUGGCUUCACAGACAAAGGAGGAGGAAGAACAGGUGUACCAGCCAUUGGUGUGUAUGGGAACGGAUUCAAGUCUGGGUCCAUGCGCCUUGGCCGAGAUGCACUUAUCUUUACUAAGAGUGGAGGCUGCCAGUCUGUGGGAAUGCUCUCUCAGACCUACCUGGAAAACAUCAAAGCCCAGUGUGUCAUUGUCCCUAUUGUGCCUUUCAACCAACAAACCAAGUCACUUGUGGUGACCGAGGACUCUGAGGCCAGUUUGGCAGCUAUCCUAAACCACUCCAUUGUUUCUUCCCAAGAACAGAUCCAGACUCACUUUGAUUCUAUCCCUUCAAAUAAAGGCACAAAGAUACUAAUUUGGAAUUUACGCCGGGCCAAAGAUGGCAACCCUGAAAUGGACUUUGAGACUGAUCUGACAGACUUCCGCUUGCCUGAGAUCCAAAUAAAAGAACUACAGAAAAGUCUGAAAGACAGUGGAGGGCUGAGAGCAGAACAUAACAUUCCAGACAUGCAUUAUAGUCUCAAGGCCUACCUUAGUAUUUUGUACCUGAGGCCAAGGAUACAAAUUAUCCUGAGAGGGAAAAAAAUCCCCACAAAGUUAGUGUCACAGGAGCUGACACACGUCGAGUAUGAUGUGUACAACCCCCACUUCAGUAAAGACAAAGUGAAGGUGACUUUUGGCAUAAACAAGAAAAACAGGGAAUAUUAUGGCAUUAUGAUGUAUCACAAGAACCGACUUAUAAAGGCCUAUGAAAAAGUGGGCUGCCAGCUAAAGACCUCUGGACAAAGAGCAGGCAUAGGUGUUAUUGGGAUCAUUGAAUGUGACUUUCUUAAACCCGCUCACAACAAGCAAGAUUUUGAAUAUACAAAAGAGUACAGACUUACUCUUGGUGCUUUGGGCAUAAAACUUAAUGAUUAUUGGAAAGAGGUAAUGGAAAGAAAGCAUAAACUGAGAGAAUUUGAGCCAGCAGCAAAAGAACAAAAGAACAUCACAACCAAAGGAAGCGGGGAAAAUGGUCCCAUUUGGUUACAAUGUGAGGAGUGCCUCAAAUGGAGGAGUGUCCCAAGUGGUCAUUACACUGUUAUUCCUGAAAACUGGACCUGCAGACAAAAUCCAAACCCACGCUACAGAAGCUGCUCAAGUCAAGAGGAAACGAAUGACACUGAGGACCUGUUGACAGCGAGUUACCCUAAGACCCAUUCUAAACGAGAGUAUUCCAGGCAUAAAAAGAGAGAAAAAUCACCAAAGCUGGUGGAAUCAGGGUCCAAAAGCCCUGUGAACUAUUUUUCAGACCCCGUUAAGUCCAGUGAUGAAUCAACAGAAGCAGGGCCUCCCUCACCCUUUCUUACAAAUGAAGCAGAGAACAUGCAUAUGAACAAGGACCAAGAACCAGAGAGAGACAGCACAAGUACACAUCUCACAACAGAGACACUGCCUGCUGCUCCACAUGCACACAACAAAGAGUCAUCAGAGCCAAGCAUUACACAGGACCAAAUUAAAGAAACUUGCUCUGAAACACCCAUGGAGCAAGAUGAAACCCUUGAAACAGAUGAUGAGACCAUGGUCCUUGAACGCAUGAAGAGGAAAUCAGAUGAACCAUUUCAGCGUGUAAAGAAGUUGCGUCUUUAUGAAAAGCUAGAGUUAUCUAACAGUAAUACAGAGUAUGAGAACCCAGGCACUUCAGACAAGACUACAGAGGACAGCAAAGGUCAGGAAGAAAACCACAAUGUUAACCUGCCGCUAGUACCCCAGGAAGAAUGUAGAGAAACAAGAAUGAAAAGACUGGAAGAGCUGGAAAGUGAGAGUCAUAAGUUACGACAGUUGCUUGGUUUGGAAAUUAUCAAGAAAACUAAAGGAACAAUGACAACUACUGACAUCAAGACCCUAAAUGAUAGGCAGAGCACUGUUCCAACCAGAGAGAUUGGGUGUCAAGCUGAAAUAACUGAGAAAUCAGUUUCAUGUGGCAGCAACACUCUGGUUCCCAAGUCUCAUGAAGCAGUAAUUCAAAGCUCUCGAGCAAUGUGUGGAUUUAAGGAACCGGAGCAAAAAAGAGAGAAAAAUGACAAUCUGAAGACUACUGGAAAUGAAGACAACAAUGCCAUGUUGGGGCAUGACAAACUUCAUGGCAUCCGGAACAAUGUGUUGGUGCUCCUCACGUCACUCCUGCCUCAGCUGGACCUGUCAGGCAUAAGUCUGGAGACAACUGACGUGGACAACAUCCUACAGCAGAUUAUAGAAGUCAAUGAACUCAAACUGUGAAUGAUAUCAACUCCCAAUUUAAAACUUUGCUUUUAUGUAUGUGUGUGUGUGCUUUACAAUUUGCAUUACAUACUCUCAGCCUUUAAUGUAUGAAGAGGCAUUAUUGUUGUUGUUGUUGUUUUUUUUGUUUUUUUUUUACUGUUUAUUUAUAUUUUUAUACAUUAAAAUAUGCUAUCAUUUUAAUUACAAUGCUGAGUUUUUACUUGUGCACCAAUAAAGCAUAUGCAACACAUAUCUUAA